AUGACUGGAUCAGGAUCACAAACCUCCACCACCCAAACUCAACCUGAAGUUACACACGACAUGGGCUACUACGCGAAAUGUAUGUUCGGUGGAGUCCUUUCAUGUGGUAUCACUCACACCCUGGUCACUCCCCUGGAUGUAACGAAGUGUCGGAUGCAGACCAACCCCAAAAUGUACACCGGACUCAUAUCCGGAGCUAAAACGAUAUAUCAUCAGGAAGGUUUGCGGGGGUUGACCAGAGGAUGGCAACCUACCCUUGUAGGUUACUCGUUCCAAGGGCUUGGCAAAUUCGGCCUAUAUGAAAUGUUCAAAGAUUUAUACGCAAAAAUACUGGGAAUAAAGAAUGAUAAGAAAUCCAGUGGCACCAUGUGGCUCGCUGCGAGUGCUUCUGCCGAGUUUUUCGCAGAUGUACUGCUGUGCCCUUGGGAAAUGGUCAAAGUAAAGGUGCAGACCGCACCACGUGCCGAGCAGUGGUCAGACAACCUAUUUGUCUCUGCAAACCGUAUGUGGGACACCAGAAAGACAACGCAGUUCCCAUUCGGAAGCCUGCAGGCACUUUGGAGCCGACAAAUACCUUACACAAUGGCCAAAUUCUAUUUCUUCGAGAAGAUUGCGUCUCUUUUUUAUGAACAUCUUCUAAAGGAAAGUGGCAAAGAUACAUCUAAGGCCACACAACUCGGUGUGACUUUUGCGUCCGGAUAUCUCGCUGGCAUCAUUUGUGCAAUAGUCUCGCACCCAGCCGACAACCUCAUCUCGCAACUUGGAAAGGAACAGAAUAAAGGAAAGCAAGUUAUGCAAAUAUGCAAGGAGAUGGGCUUGGUAAACCUCUUCACACGUGGAUUGGGUACCAGGGUACUUAUGAUCGGUACUCUAACCGGCCUGCAGUGGUGGAUUUACGACACAUUCAAGUCAAUCGUCGGUCUACCGACUAGUGCCAUGUGUGAUGUUAGCGACGACGUAAAUCUGUUGCAACGGCCAGUUGCGGCCAAGGGGCGUAACACCUUGGCCAUCGUCGUGAUAGGCAUGGCUGGGAGCGGGAAGACGUGUUACGUGAGGGCGUUGAUUGACAGGCUCAAGUCUGACGGCAAGAAGGUAUACUCUAUCAACCUCGAUCCCGCGGUCACCAAAAUACCAUACACACCAAACAUUGGUAAGGUCACGAUUGCCAAAAUCUCGGUCAUAUAUCCACAAGAUAUACGAGAAUCGAUCAAGUACCGCCAUGUCAUGAAGAAAUACCGUCUAGGGCCAAAUGGAGCUAUUAUGACUUGUCUCAAUUUAUUCGUUACCAGAUUCGACAAAGUUCUGGAAAUCCUAGACCGUAGAUGCGCUAAAUUGGAUUACAUAGUUAUCGACACGCCCGGGCAAAUCGAAGUUUUCAACUGGUCUGCCAGUGGCACUGUGAUAUUAGAAUCUUUAGCGUCAUCGUUCCCGACAACAGUCAACUACGUGAUUGAUACCUGCAGGUCGCAACUGCCAGUGACCUUUAUGGCAAACAUGGUAUACGCUUGCAGCGUAAUGUACAAAUCACGAGUACCUUUUAUCGCAUGUUUCAACAAAAUAGAUAUCGACCGCCAUGAAAAAUGCCUAGAGUGGAUGGACGAUUAUAACGCAUUUUACGAUGCAGUCAUGCAAGAUGAUUCAUAUAUGGCCAGCUUCAGUCGUUCUUGCGCAUUGAUGCUCAACGAGUUCUACAGUGAAAUAAAGUGUAACGGCAUAUCUUCAAUUACUGGCGAGGGAUUUGAUGAACACAUCAGGAAACUUGAUGAGUGUCGUGAGGAGUACAAGACAUCAUACCUACCGUGGCUAGAGGAAUGCCGAAUGAGACACUGCACUGAACAGAUGAGCCGAUGCAAAUUAUCGGGAACAUAA